CGCAGUUCAUCUCGAUCGAGCCUAAUGUGUUUUCCCAUCUGGAGCUAACCUUCUUAUAUACUGUUUAUGGAGCUAACGGGAGCUAAACCCUUUUAUAGGCUACAUGUCAAUGGCUAAACCUCACUUAAUACAUAAUACGAGCUAACGUUACUUGUUUGCUAACAGCAGUGGGAGCUUAUGUCGUUGGUUUAUUUGUGCUACUUCGAGGAAACAUGUUUGGUGUUAAACUUUGGGUGACUCUCUUCUGUCUUCUGACUUUAAAUGGAUUAAUACUCGGACAGGAACACGGUCCAGGUGGUGUUAAAGUGGUUGUGGAAGAAGACAGUGAUAUCGUGUUACCCUGUUCUUUCAGUUCCAAGGAGAACAUUGUAUCAGGGAUCUUUGACUGGAGGAAAGAUGUUCAGAAAGAUGAUGGUCUGAAGGAGGUGUUCUAUUAUGACGCAGGCAUUCGUUACAACGGUCAUCCAGGUCAGAGUGAAGAGUUCAAAGGUCGAGUCUCUCAUUUUCCAGAUGAACUGAAACACGGCAACGCCUCCAUAAUCAUCAGAAAUACAAAGAUAUCUGACAGUGGAAACUACACCUGUGAAUUUCCCCAUCUUGGUCAAAUAUUCUACGUUGAAGUUGUUGUCUCUGCAUCUCCAGAACCCUACAUCAGGACUCUGAAAGCCACAGCUGGCUGGGCCCUGCUGCAGUGUGAGGUCCGAAGGGCGGCUCCAAAACCUAAACUAGAGUGGAAGGACAGUGCUGGAAACACACUUCCUGCUGAGGAGACAAAGGUCUCAGAAAGAGGAGGCAGCUACUACAUCACCCUCACCACUACUGUGACCAAGACAGACAACUACAGCUGUGUAGUAACACAGGAGGAAAUCAGCCAUCAGACUCACUCUGAGAUCUCUGUUCAUAUCUGUGGGAAAGAGUGUGAGGACUCCUUCAGUGAAGUGGCCAUCGGAUGUUUGUUUGGUGGAUUGGUUUUGGGAGCUCUGAUACUUGCAAUAGUUCAAGCUCUGCUUGCUUGUACAAAGGUCAUCGAAAUACACCCCAUUAGACGUUCUCUUCAGGAAGGAAACGAUUCGGGCCACCAGGAAAACUGUUCAUGUGAAGAGUGUUCAGAUCUGCUACAUUCACAAACUGGUCGAUGACGUUAAGUCCGUUUUUAAAGGUGUUUGUGUGUUUACUUGUACAUCUAUCUUUGUGAGAACCAGUUUGACUUUUUGAAUUUGUGCAGUCCUAACUUUCAGACAGACUCUGAAAUGCCUGUUUGAGGGUUCACACCUGGUUUUAAGAUUCAGCUCAGAAUCAGGUUUGGGUUCAAUAUUUAGAUCUGAAGAUGUUAAGGAAUGCAUUAUUUCAACGAGCGUCCUCACAAUUAUAGAAGUACGGUGUGUUUGUGUGUCCACUGUUUCCUCUAUGUUGAUUUUGUAGUGGCGGCCCACCAUGGCAACAUUUCUGUAGCUGUCUUCAAUUUAGGUCAUCAUGUCGUCUCAUCUCCGUUUUUUCCCGCCACCGUGUGUGAUUGGGUGUGCGCCUGAGUCGCGGGGGAACUCAGCAGCCCCGCCCGCUGCAGAGAGCCCACACGAUUGAAACAGCAGCCGCCUCAGCAGCUUCUAAGUGAAAAAUCGAUACAGCGUACAUUGAUUUUAAAAUGUAUACAGGUUGGAAGGACGGUCUGAAAUG